ACAAGAUGGCUGGAUCCACAGUUAAAGUACCUCGUAAUUUUCGCUUGUUGGAAGAACUAGAAGAAGGGCAGAAAGGAGUAGGUGAUGGUACAGUAAGCUGGGGCCUUGAAGAUGACGAGGACAUGACACUCACCAGGUGGACAGGAAUGAUUAUUGGGCCACCAAGGACAAACUAUGAAAACAGAAUAUACAGUCUGAAAGUAGAGUGUGGACCUAAAUACCCAGAAGCACCUCCUACAGUUAGAUUUGUAACUAAAAUUAAUAUGAAUGGAAUAAAUAAUUCCAAUGGAAUGGUGGAUGCACGAAGCAUACCAGUGUUAGCAAAAUGGCAAAAUUCUUAUAGCAUUAAAGUUGUACUUCAAGAGCUAAGACGUCUAAUGAUGUCCAAAGAAAAUAUGAAGCUUCCACAACCUCCAGAGGGACAAACUUACAACAAUUAAUUUUAGCUGAUUCUCAAACUUCUGUCUUAAAACAACAACCUUCUACUCAUGUUAAUGUCUUGAUUAAAUCUCACAAUGCAAACACCCACACAUUAAAAGAAUUUCAGCUGGUAUACAUGACCUGGACAUUUGUAAGAAUAUAUAUAAUAUAUGUAUGCCCAAUAUGUUUUCAGGCACUAUGGGAGAAAAAGGCAGCACAAUUAUUUUUUUUCUCUUAUCCGAGGCACUGUCAUUUAAGCAUAAGCCUGAAAUAGUCUAAAAUUGGAAUUCAGGUUUUACAAGAUGAAAGCAUGACAGAAAGUGUCAGGUUGCUGUGGAAUAAUAUAUGUUUCUGAAAAUAAUCUCCUGAGAAGGCAAAAUAUAAAUGGCAUGCUUUAUCCAUCUUGCUUAGUAAAAGAGCUGCAGUUAAAUUUGUUUUGAAGUAGCAGGUACAGUGACUACCGUUGCUCAUCUUGUUUUAAUUUUGCAAGGGUGUGGGUGCCGACUACUAGUAGUGUCACACAGUAUGUUCAGGAUUGUUUUGAUACCUGUAUUUAUAAACUGGGGGGAUUAAUUUCUGUUAAGCAGCUCCUGUGUGUUACAUGUAUCGGACAUGGCAAAUAUUUGUUUACAGUCUUUGUUCUAAUAAACCAUGCAUUUAAGUUUUAGUGAAACAAAGGAAAUGUAUGGAUAUGUGAUUGAGAUUAAAGUUAGUCUUAAAAUGUAAA